AUGAUUUUCUGGUCAAUUAUAUUUUCCCUGACUUCUGCAGCCCAAUUAACUUGGACUAACUUGGAUUAUUAUCCAGAAACUUAUGCUUUCAAUUUGCUCACCGAUGUUCAAAAUGCAAUAAAUCAUAAGAAUCUAGAAGCUCUAACGAUUUUGAUGGCUCAAAAUUGUAGCAUGAAAGUUUUCGAGGAACUUUUUUUCCAAAAUAAUCAAGAAAUUCCAAUAAUUGAGGUCCAAAAUGUGGAACAAGAUCGUGAGGAGCUGAAAUUCGAAGCAAUAAUUGGAAAAUCGAUAUAUCAUUUUGUUGCGAAACAUUCAAGAUAUCUUCUGAACCACGAUUGCUCAGAUUAUAGUUAUUUGGCCUUGGUAGAUCAAAAUGUUUUGGACAAAACAUUUGACAAAAUUGCGAGAAAGGUUAUCAAGAAAUUCCGAAAGGCUAGUGAAAUCAAAAGUGGACGAAGAAUUCGUGAACUCGUUGUUGAGCGAGUUAAGCUAACUGAUUUCAAAGGUCGUGAAAAGAUUUUCGAAUCUCCUGAUUAUUAUUUCUAUCAUAUAAUUGCUUAUCCGAAUUACUAUAACUUCACGGGAAAUUUUGAAAUUUCCAAUGUUUUCUUCAAUUUUCCAACGGGAAUUCUCAAUUUUGAUGUGAAAAUCAAUUCAAAUUAUACAAGCGAAUUUGAAAUAGAUGUGAAAAAAGAUUUCAGAAUAGUUUCUGAAAAACAAUUGAAAGAUUUUAAUGAUGAAAUAAUUAUUGAAGAUGUUUUUGAUGUCGAAUCAACAAGACAAAUCGAAAAACUUCUAUCGAAAUAUAUUUUUGCGAUAGAAAAUCGGAAUUUGACGGUUUUACAGGAUAUUCUUAACGAUCCCUAUGUUCUUAGUGAUGGUUCGAAAGUUUCUAUAGAUCAAGAUCUUUUGGAUAAAUUAUCGAAUCGAUUUACUGAUCUUUAUGUGGAAAGUGUUGAACACGAAGAAGAUCAGCCGAUUUCAUUUCGAACUGACAAUGAGGCAAUAAAUGGAACUGAAGGUUAUGAAUUUAGAGUUCGAAAUAUUGAGGGAAGAUUUAAAUUGGUCUCUGAAGCCACAUACUUUUUUUAA